UGGGUCAGUCUAAUUGUCAUUCGCCGCAUGAUCAUUCUGUAUUUGAAGUGAGGAGUGUCUUCUAUCCACCGUCUAUAUGCUCCAGGAUUUGAAAUGGUCCAUGAUUUCUCCGUUUUUGUUUUUUUUUUGUGCAAAUGAUUUCUCCCUUCAAAGCUUCUUCACGUUUAUCGGAAAAAGGCAAAAAGCUCCUCCACCCACGACGAGGAAGGUAGAAAAAAUUCCCCUCCCACCAACCCUCACUCGACUAAAACCCUCGUGCUUGCUCGCCUCUACUUCCUUCCGUCGGAAACCCUAACCUCCCUCUUCGUCGAAGCCUUUUAACCCUAAUACAUUCAUCUCCUUCCGGCGAUGGCGCUUUACGAGUCGUUCGCGGCGGCGAUCUACUCCUACACCGGCCUCUCCCUGGCCGCCUUCUUCACCAUCCUCGCCCUCAUGGUCGGCGUCUACCGCCUCGUCUGCGGGAUGUUCGUCGCCCCCGACACCAUGCCGGAGAAGAGGUCGCUUCCGCAUGAGCCGGUGAUCCCACCGGAGCCCGUCCAGAUGGGUGAGAUGACGCUGGAGGAGCUGCGGGCUUACAACGGAUCCGACCCCAGGAAGCCCCUCUUGAUGGCGAUCAAGGGCCAGAUCUACGACGUGUCCAGAGGAAGGAUGUUUUAUGGACCUGGUGGUCCAUAUGCCUUAUUUGCUGGGAGGGAUGCUAGCCGGGCACUGGCCCUCAUGUCCUUUGAUCCCAAUGACCUCACAGGUGACUUGGAAGGACUAGGCACAUCAGAGCUGGAAGUCCUGCAAGAUUGGGAAGAGAAAUUUAUGGAGAAGUAUGUUAACGUUGGGAGACUUGUUUCUGAAAAAACCAGAGAUGGAGAUCAUGACGGAAGUGUUGAGAAAACAGAACUGAAUCAAGAACUGGAUAGAGAUACAGUGGAUGCAAAUGCUGCAGUAGAAGCUAACGGUAUGGAAUCAGAUGCAAAGAUAAACUGAAAAGGCAUGAGGUAAGCACUGCAAGAAUUCCAUCAUUCUGUCUGGCAAGCAUUAAGUAAUUCCAAUAUAGAGUGAUCUUUAAAAUGUCAGCUCCAGUUUGAUUCAUGGAACUGAUUAUACCAGCAAAUGAUGGUGGUCACGUCUCUGUUAACCAGUGUGCCUAUGUAUAUAUAUGCAUCUUUUCUGCCCAUUGGAAUACCAAAUGUUGGCUCUUGGCAUCUUUGGUCCACGUGAUGAUUUCAUCUUCAAUUCCUGGAGUAUAUCCAAGUUGUACUUCAUGCUUGUUGUAGUAGUGAGGGAGUUGUGUUCUGUUUUUAUCUUAUGCUGGCUUAAUUUCUUCAGAA